CUCCCAAGGAAUUAAAAAAACAUGCAAACUAGGUGAAGAAAGCCGUUGAGUUCGUCGCUGGAUUGCAUAUCAAGUGGCGCACACCACAAAUUAAAGACAACCACAUAAAAAAAAACAAUGGAAAUUUUGCAUUUCUCACGUGUGCCCCUAAACCCUACAAAUUACAAACCCUCGCCUAAAAUAUUUCUCCCACCAUUUCUCACUGUCAUCUCGAAUGUCUUGCAAUUUGCAAAGAUGGGCGUUUGAAAAGCGUUUAGCAGACAGACAGCAGAGCAUUAAGAUAAUUGACGCACUCAAAGCAUAUCUAUCUUCUUCAUUUCUCAAAUUCUCACCAUAACUGCCAAGCAAAUGCAAGCCGACAUGCUUUCCUCAGCAUUCAACUUCCACAUUCACCGUACUUGCUUAAGUUUGGGUCAUAGCGGGGCUAGAAUUUCAGCGGUUCUGCGCCAUGACCGAGCUUCGUUCUUUUCCUCACAGAAAAAUAGCGGGCGCCAUGCUCUUAGACCCUGGCCUUUGUACGAUAGGCCCAGUUUAAGUGCCACAUUUAGUACUUCUAAGAAGAGCGACGCUUUGGGUGGCUCUCCUUCUGCUAUUUCUGUGAAGAAGAAGGGGCGGCGGGAGGGCCCGGAGGAGGAGACGCUCGCCGCCUCUGCAGAUUUGUUGACAAUUCCUGGCGUGGGCCAUCGCAAUAUGCAGAAAUUAAUGAUGAAGGGCAUUGGCAAAGUCUCUGAACUCAAGCAAAUUUAUAGAGAUAAGUUCCAUGGAGAUACAAGUGAAAAGAUGGUUGAAUUUCUACGUAGCUCGAUUGGUAUCAUCCACAAGAAUCAUGCAGAGAGCAUAACGUCAUAUAUAAAGGACAGUGUCGAUGAGGAGUUAAAAGAAGAAGAUCAACCCAUGAACGACAAAGGAGUGCAGAAGAAAAAGAGACUUACAUUCUGUGUUGAGGGUAAUAUUAGUGUUGGAAAGUCAACAUUUCUUCAAAGGAUAAAUGAGACACUUGAAUUAUGUGAUGUUGUGGAGAUUGUCCCUGAACCCGUUGCUAAGUGGCAAGAUAUUGGCCCAGAACAUUUUAAUAUCCUAGAUGCUUUUUAUGCUGAACCUAAAAGAUAUGCAUACACAUUCCAGAACUAUGUGUUUGUCACCCGUGUGAUGCAAGAGCGGGAAUCUGCAAGUGGCGUAAAGCCGCUAAGGCUUAUGGAGAGAAGUAUUUUUAGUGAUCGAAUGGUUUUUGUACGAGCUGUUCAUGAGGCAAAGUGGAUGAAUGAAAUGGAGAUCAACAUUUAUGAUUCAUGGUUUGAUCCUGUUGUAUCUGUCUUACCUGGUCUUGUUCCUGAUGGAUUCAUUUACCUGAGGGCCAGUCCUGAUACAUGUCAUAAUCGCAUGCGAUUGCGAAAAAGGGCAGAAGAGCAAGGUGUUAGUCUCGAAUAUUUGCAAGGCUUGCAUGAAAAACAUGAGCAGUGGUUAUUCCCUGCAGAAAGAAGAAACCAUGGAAUGCUGUCUGUUAGUCAGUUUACCCAUGAUAUGGAUGAGCCUUUACCUCCACAAAUUCAGAAUCGUGUAUUUUAUUUAGGGGGAGAAAAUGUACACUCAUGCAUUCAAAAGGUUCCUGCAUUAGUUUUGGACUGUGAACCCAACAUAGACUUCAGCAGAGACAUUGAAGCAAAACAAGAGUAUGCUCGCCAAGUUGCUGAGUUCUUUGAGUUUGUUAAACGAAAGAAAGAGAUUCAGUCUUCAGAUGAAGCUCCAGAUGCUAAGAAAUCUAGUAACCUAGUGUUGCCACAUGGUGGUUUACUUGGCACCGAUGGGAAUCUCUUACGGCAUCCUGGAUUGAACUCUCUAGAUUUUAGACAACCCAUGAUGUAUCCAAACUAAUUGUAAAUUUAUUUUGUGGCUUAAACUGCUCAGAGAAUUUUGGUUAUAACUUUUUUCUGCUGAGUAGUAGUUGCCAAUAGCAGUUUCAAUUUCAAAGUUGAUGCUACAUGUCACAUUUAUUUCAUUUCAGCCCUUGUAUAUAGCUGGGCUUUUUUCUCGUCUUAGAAGUACAGCCAUAUGGAAGUAUGUUGCUUGCCAUAUUUGAGGAUUAACUUUCUUAAACAGUCUCUUUUCAUUCCUUAGAAUCAAGGUUUCAUGCAUCCAAACCUUCUAUGUCAAAGUUGAUGCUACUCGUCACAUUUAUUUCAUUUCAACUCAUGUAUAUAUAUUUGGUGGACUAUUUUCGAGUCUUCAAACAAUUUCAAAGUUGAUGCUACAUGUCACAUUUAUUUCAUUUCAGCCCUUGUAUAUAGCUGGGCUUUUUUCUCGUCUUAGAAGUACAGCCAUAUGGAAGUAUGUUGCUUGCCAUAUUUGAGGAUUAACUUUCUUAAACAGUCUCUUUUCAUUCCUUAGAAUCAAGGUUUCAUGCAUCCAAACCUUCUAUGUCAAAGUUGAUGCUACUCGUCACAUUUAUUUCAUUUCAACUCAUGUAUAUAUAUUUGGUGGACUAUUUUCGAGUCUUCAAACAAUAGCCUUAUGGAAGUAUGUGCUUUUUAAUGUUCUUA